AUGGCUACCGCUCUCCAACCCACCUUCGGCCUACAACAGCCUGAAGAUUCCAUGGAAAUCUCAUCCGAAUACGGCAACAUGGACGCAGACAUCGACAUUGAUCUUGACGCCCCCGACGCCGUCGACACAAACAUGCAAUCUUUCCAACAGCAAUCCUUUCAGCAAGACGACCAUCACAUGCAAGAAGACCCAAAGUCUGACCGCCUGGACGACGAUCUCAUGAUUGACGACUCCAACCUUGAUGACCCAGACCGUAUCAUGCAAGACGAUGCGCCAGUGCCCCAAGAGCAAGACGAGGAACUUCUAGAUUUCAGUGAAGACGAAGAAGACGUUCCCAUGAACCCGGCAGAACACACCGAGCCCGAGAGUCACCUAGAGCCUCAAUAUCAAGCACCCAUCGAGCAGUCUGCUCCUGUUGAAGAGCCUGUCGAACACGUCCAAUCAGCGGUCGCUUCUGAACUUCUGACCAAAGGUGUUCAGCCUGUUGACAACACAGCAACCCAAACAGCAGACACCCAGCAACAGUCUGAAGCACAACAACCCAUUCGCGACCAAGACGCCACAAACGAAAAACCCGAAAAUGUCGCUCAAGCACAAUCCACACACGAGGUAGCUUCAGAGCCCCAGCCUGAAACCCAAGAAGAGGCGCAGCCUUCCCCUGCUGCGGACUCUGCCGAACAGACAAAGCCAUCCGCCCAUGAGACUGUCAUAGAGUCUACUGAAUUCCCUAACGCAACAAAUGACAACGUCGACGAGAGCGCACACGCCGCUCACCCCACCGAAAAUGAGCACAAAGAACAAGGUAAUGACAAUGUCGAAACUGGUGUCGCUCAGGAAGCCGAUGAAGAAUCCUUCCAACCCUCUCUGACCCGUCAAGAGACCGAUCUCUCAAACUACACCGUUCCGGAAGACUAUUCUCGUGAGAGACAGGCCAACUCACCCACCGUGACUGGUCUGCACCCUACCAUAGUCGAGUAUCAGGAAAACGAGGUCUAUCUCUUCCCUUCGAGAGACCCUGCUGUGCCUGAGCAGUACCUUCUGCAAAACGAGAAUCUCGUGACCACUAGCCUUGGCGAUUUGCUGCAAGCUUGCCGCACUGCUCUUGGUGAUGGCAUAAGUGAAGACGAAGAGCUGGUCCUUGGCGUCGAGGAGUUGGACCUCUAUGUGAGCGAAGACUCGACACCCGCCUUUUCCACUAGCUUUUCCGAGCUACUUGACAUGUAUCUGCAACUCCACAGGCUUGACGGCAAUGACAAUCCUCCGCCAUUCCGUGUAUCAUUGACUACUAAAACAAGAUUCAGCAACCGUAUGGCUGCAAUCACACAGGCUAUUUCCGAAGGCAAGGGCUUCUCUCAGCUCUCCUUCUUACAAUAUUACGAGUAUGACGAACCGACCGAAUUGCCUGAUGAGGACUUUGACGAUGACUUUGACGAGCUCGCCAAGCCCGAUGAACAACAGCAUUUGAUCGAGAACGGCAGACAAGCUGCCACCGAGGAGGAACACACGACUGAGGACCAUCCGGCUCCUCAAGCUGAAGAGCAACAUCAUGAACAGACCGACCCUGCCCAACACGUAGAGGGCCAAGUGGGUGAGUAUGAGGGUGAAUCAUCGGUUCAGCAUGAUGCGCCCGCCGAUGCAGUCGACCAAUCCGAGUACACCCAAGAUGAGACUCAGUACUUCGAUGCCCAAGGAGAUGAAUCUGAGUUGGUUGGCGAGACUGGUCAAGACGAUCAUUCUUCUGCCGCGCCUCACUCUACGACUGGCGAUGCAGGGGCUGUAGUGCGAGAUGAAGUUCACCACGAUGAACAGAGCCAUGAUGAUAAUGCUCAGCAUGAUCAGGCUUCCGAGCAUGUCACCCAAGAGGAAAGUCCUGAAGAGCCGGCCGAAAUCGAGCAACAACAUGCCAACGGCGAAGAAGAAUCCCUGUUCGGCCAGGGCGAAUUCUUCGAUGAGAACUACGAUUACCAGGACGGUGAAGUAAACGAAGUUGAAGAUGCACAUGCCCAUGAAGAGCAAGUGGUGGACGAUGACAGCCACUUCCCAGCAGAGGAAGAUGCUGAAGCUUCUGCCGCCGAGGCACAACAUGAUCCCGUCGCGACUUCGUCCGAAGGACCUGCCCAGGCUCAAGUGUCCGAGACCGAAGACGGCAGCGCACAAGAUGCCGAACAGCUCAACGUUGCUGAUGAGUUGGUCACUGAAACCGAACCAGUUGCCGAGAACGGUAGUACUACGGCCGAUACUAUUGUCGGCCAAGCUACUGCCAAACGUCACUCACCCAGAGUUGAGGAUGACGAUUACGAAGAGAUCAACUUUGACGACGAAGACGAAGAAGGCUAUGGGGAUGAUGGCGCCGGACUCGCGCCGGUACUUACCAAUACCUCAAGUAAAGCUUCGCCUGGAGGCAAGCGCUCGUUCUCCGAACUCGAUCAAGUCGAUGAUGAGCAAGACAACAAGAAAGCACGAGCUUCAUGA